AUGAAGUUAAAAGAAAUUCCACGUACAGCUACUUUUGCCUGGAGCCCUGGACAGCAUUUGCCUAUAAUAGCUACAGGAACUGUAGCUGGAGCUCUUGAUGCUUCGUUCUCAAAUACUACCGAAUUAGAAUUAUUCCACCUUAAUCUUAAUAAAUCUGAUUCUGGUGUAGAAUUACAAAGUGCCGGAGUUAUUAAUAGUAACGCGAGAUUCGAUCGACUUGUAUGGGGAGUUGCAAAUGAUAAAUCAUAUGGUAUUGUCGCUGGUGGUUUGGAAAAUGGGGAAUUAGAUUUAUAUGAUCCGGCAAUAAUUUUAGAGGGUGGAGAUUCUGAAGAGGCACUUAUUCUAAGAAAUACUGCACAUUCGGGAAAUGUUCGUGGGUUACAAUUUAACCCAUUUCAAAUUAAUUUAUUAGCAUCAGCAGCAACCAAUGCUGAGAUAUUUAUUUGGGAUUUAACGAAACCAGAUAAACCAUAUACUCCAGGCACUAGGUCGCCAAAGCUUGAAGAUAUUACCCACUUAGCUUGGAAUAACCAAGUACAGCACAUUUUGGCAACCUCUUCAAACACGGGAUCUACUGUAAUAUGGGAUUUAAGAAGUAAAAAACACGUAAUGGAUUUAUCAUUUGGCGGUUCAACUGUAGCUGGAAAUUAUGGUAUGGGAAACAACAUGACUUCUGGAAUUACAGGAGUUAGAAGAGGUACAACCGCAGUUGCUUGGAGCCCGGAUAAUGCUACACAAGUUAUAACCGCAUCCGAGGAUGAUAUGAAUCCUGUGAUUGUUAUUUGGGACGUCCGUAACGCUCAUGCUCCUGAAAAGAUCUUAACAGGCCACCAAAAGGGAGUUUUAUCACUUUCUUGGUGUCAAAGGGAUGCUGAUUUGUUAUUAUCAUGUGGCAAAGAUAAUAGAGUUUUGUGUUGGAAUCCUAGAACUGCUGAAAUAAUAGGAGAGCUUCCUGCAAGUUCGAAUUGGGUUUUUGACGUUCAAUGGUGUCCCGGUAACCCCGAUUUAUUUGCUUCCGCAUCUUUUGAUGGCAAGGUUAAUGUACAUUCGUUACAAUCCGGUCAAAGUACAAAUGGACAGCAAGGUUUAUUAGAUAGCAAUGACCCAUUUGCACAGAUAGCAUCAUCAUAUGAACCUUCCCUCACACUUAAACAACCUCCAAAAUGGCUUAAACGGCCUGUCGGAGUAACUUUUGGAUUUGGUGGCAAAUUAGUGUCGUUUAAUAAUAAAGUUGCCGUAGGUGCUGCUACUCAGUUAAGACGUAUUGUUACUAUUUCAACAGUAGUUACUGAACCCGAGAUUGUUCAAAGAUCAAAUGAACUUGAAUUUUCGAUCGAAUCAAAAUCUUUAGAUAGCUUUUGUGAAAGUCGAAGCAAAAGUGCGCCUAAUGAAUUGGAAUCUGAAAAUUGGAAAAUACUUCACACAAUGUUUAAUGAAAAUGAAAAUGCAAGAGAACAAUUAGUUAAACAUCUUGGAUUCUUAAAAGCUGAUAUAGUUACGCAAAUUUCAAAUGCAAUAAAAAAUAUGAGUAUUAACGGUUCUGUGAAUAUCGAAAAAAAAGCUGAACCCGAGAAAAAACAAGAUAAGGUAAAACAAACAAGCGUUUCAGAGGCAGAAACUGUGCCUUUGCCUACCAGUCCUAAAUCAGAAGAAGGCCACGGUACAGUGGAUCAAUCCGUUGUCAAAUCUGAAAAUAUAGAAGAACUUUUUUCUGAUCAAUCUACAGCUGGUGGUGGUGGUCCUUCCGAUGCUUCGGAUUUCUUUAAUUCCGAAAUUAUUUCUGAUACUUUUCCUGUUCAUAAUCCCACCUCAACUUACAAAGCGCAAACAGUAUCUUCAUCUAUUAAAGGAAUUUUUAAAAUAUAUCCGGCUCAAGAAUCGGAUGUGGAUAAACUUAUUACAAGAUCUAUUGUUCUUGGUGAUUUUGAAUCUGCUGUGAACUUGUGUAUAGAGUCGGAUCGAUUAUCGGACGCUGUCCUUUUAGCUGGUUGUGGUGGUAACGAACUUUUACAACGUACCAGAAACGUAUAUUUUGAAAGAAAGUCUUCUAAUAUUCCUUAUUUGCGUUUACUUCAAAGUAUUGUAUCUGAGGAUUUAUCGGACAUUGUAUAUAAUGCAGAUUUAUCUGAAUGGCAAGAAAUAGUAGUCGUUCUUUGUACGUUUGCCCGUUCUGAAGACUUUGGCGAAUUAUGUAAUGCGUUAGGGCAAAGACUUGAACAAGAAUCUGAAGCUUGUUUAAAUGAUAAGCCAAAAGGAGCGGAAUUUCGGAAAAAUGCAGUAUUAUGUUACCUUGCGGCAGGAAAUCUUGAAAAUGUUGUUAAAAUUUGGAUUGCCGAGCAGGAAGAGGAGGAGCAAGUUGAACUAAAACUUGCUGAUCAGGAUGAUACUAAAUCUUCUAGUUCUAGAUAUUCAUUCCAUGCCAAAACUCUUCAAAGUCUCAUUGAAAAGGUUACUGUGUUCCGCAAGGCUAUAGAUUAUGUUGAUCCUGAUUUGGUUCAGAAUUUGGACGCUAGUGUCACAGAAACAAAUAAUAAAAUGUUUAAAUUGGCUAAUUUAUAUGACAAAUAUGCUGAGUAUGCUGAGAUUUUAAUCGCUCAGGGUAGACUGGCAACUGCUCUUAAAUAUUUGAAUCUAACGCCAUUGGAAUACAGGCAAAUGGAUGUGAAUGGUGUUGAUCCGUUAGCUGCGAUCAGAGAAAGGUUAUAUCAUUCAGGAGUUGACGUUAGUGGUAUUAAGGUACCACCUGCGUUCCCAUUUGUAGCCAAUCCUCCACACCAACUUCAACAACCAAUUCAACAACCAAUUCAACAACCAAUUCAACAACCAAUUCAACAACCAAUUCAACAACCAAUUCAACAACCAUAUCAACAACAAAUUCAACAACCAUAUCAACAACCAUAUCAACAACAAAUUCAACAACCAUAUCAACAACAAAUUCAACAACCAUAUCAACCACCAAUUCAACCACCAAAAUCACCAUUUAAUCAAUAUGUAUAUAAUGCUCCAAACCAGAACCAAACAGGUUAUCCUUACCCGCAGCCCGCUUUUCCUGUUCAUGAAAAUGUAAAUUUAAUUCCACCUCCACCUCCACCAAUUGCCAAUACAAAUCUUCAAAAUACAAAUCUUUCUCCACAAGAUGUUUCAGCUGUAUUUAAGAAGAAUUUGCCUAAUUGGAAUGAUCCGCCAUCUGUAUCAUCAGCUCAGGCAGCAAAAAAGACUAUUCAAGCACAAGCAAACAAGCCACUGCCAAUCACAACUCCUUUCCCUUCAUCAACUUCCCCUGCACCACAGGGAACAAUACCACCACCUGGAGUUCACGCUCCUACAACUGCUGGGUAUCAACCUAAUUUCCAGAUGUCUCCUCAGACAGCAGGAAAUUAUUAUACACCACCACCACAACAAUCAAGAGCGUCACCGCAAUCACAUGCACGACAAAUGCCGUAUUACGGAGCUGACCGCUCAACUCCCACUCCACCUCAAGCUGUUGGAUAUGGAGAUCAACAAACCCCAGUUGUACAACCCGCCAGAACACCUACUCCAGCGAAGACGCCUACGCCCGUAAAUAAACAUCCUGUUGGUGAUAGAACUCAUAUUCCAGUUACACAUAAACCAAUUUACGAUGUACUCUCUCGUGAAUUACAAAGAACUAAACAAUAUUAUAAUGCUGGAUUACAAUCUAAACAAUUGGUUGACACAGAAAAACGACUUAAUGCGCUAUUUGACCAAUUGAAUAACGAAGAAAUUUCAAAUCAAAUAAUCGUGGAUAUUUUAAAAUUAGUUCAAGAAAAACGCGAUUAUGUUACUGCACAAAAUACUUUAGUUAGUAUAAUGACUUCAUAUUCCAGUGAAUCAAGAUGGCUAGUUGGUAUUAAACAAUUAUUGACGUUGAGUAAAAACGUACAAUAA